AUGUCAACCACGCCCUCCACCCCAAAUCGGGGGCUCGUGGUCUUUUCCGGAGGAAGUGCUGCAAAUAACCUCGUGGACGUCUUUAGCGCACUCCGCGAGAGCAAAGACUGCUUCUUGAGCUAUAUCAUCCCCAUCAGUGACAAUGGCGGCUCAUCAUCAGAGCUGAUACGAAUUUUUGGUGGCCCUGGUAUCGGCGAUGUAAGGAGUCGACUGGUUCGCCUGAUUCCACCAUCACCACCAAACUCCGAGCGAGCAGCUAUCAAGUCUCUGUUCAACCACAGACUGCCUGCAGACGCAUCAGCCCAUGCUGAAUGGCUAUCCAUCGUAGAUGGCACAUCCACCGUCUGGAAAUCAAUUACUCCCGCCAAGAAGGAACUCAUCCGCUCCUUCUUCAACCUCCUCAACCUCGAAAUCCUCAAGCGUGCUCGACCCCCAGCAUCAACAUUUGACUUCUCCUCCGCAAGCGUCGGGAACCUCUUCCUGACGGGCGCACGCCUCUUUAGCGGCUCCUUCGAAAGCGCCAUCUACCUCCUCUCCAACAUCUGCGACGUCCCCUCGGACCUCGUCCGCGUCAUCCCAGCAAUAAACUCCAACUUCUCCCACCACAUCUCCGCCUCCCUCGCCAAUGGCACUGUCAUCGUUGGCCAGAACAGCAUCUCGCACCCUAGUCUCCCGCCACGGCCUACAUCCCCAACAAAUACCCUCGAAACCACACUUGAACAGAGAGACACCGCUGCUGCAAUCGACUACACCGAGCCCUCAGAUGUCCUCUCCACAGCCCUUUACGAAGACGACCAACCACCAGGCUUCCUCCCACAUCUGCGAAAUAAAAACAUCUCCUUUUCCAAAUCAGACAACGAGGACCUCCCCGCCCGGAUUACUCGAAUCUGGUACAUAAACCCCUACGGCCAAGAGAUCCGGCCUCGCGCGAACCCGCGCGUCCUUGAAUCCAUUCGCGACGCUCAGGCAAUCAUAUACAGCAUCGGAUCCCUGUAUACAUCGCUGAUACCGAGUAUCGUACUCCAUGGCGUCGGGCAGGCAAUCGUGUCCAGUCCCGCGCGCCAUAAGAUCCUGAUCCUAAACGGCAGUCUAGAUCGCGAGACGGGACCCCCAAGUGAUCCCUUCACGGCGGUAGAUUUCAUUGAGGCGAUUACUCGUGCUGGAGAGGAGAGUCGGGGUCGCCAUUUCAUUGAUCCUGCCAAUGGUUCGGCAACUUCGCCUUCUACUACUACGAACCCCAGUCAAAACGCCUUUCCACCCCUUCAGUUAGAGGUAAACGGACUUGCUCUGUCGCUCCCAUAUACCUUAUAUGUGACACACGUCCUUCACCUCGAUGGCCCGGGGACACCAAGCGUAGACAAAGACCGACUAGCCGAGAUGGGAAUCGAGAGUUUGCGUCUAUACGGAAGGAAGAUUGUCUCCUCGUUGCCCGAUGGGACCGAGGUACCAGUGGGGAUGAGGUAUGAUGCCGCUGGGUUGACGCAGGCGCUUGAGAUGGUGCUGGGAAAGAAAGGGGAUGCGAUGCUGAGGGGGGAAGGGUUGAGUCGACGGAAUACACUGGAUCCGGGAAGGAAGAGAGGGGUUUAG